CUUUAUUAUAUCACUUUAGAAAUGAAAUUGAGGACAAUACAUCGCAAAUUCGUUCAAAAUUACAUAAUACCAGAAACCAGCUUGAAGAUUCUUUACCCAGCAACCUAAAAGACAGUUCGGUUGCUGAUCAAAAUCAUUUGAUUCACCCAUCUAAACGACCAAAUGUUCGUCCACAAUUACCAAUUCCUUCACUUACUCAAACACAAAAUUAUAUCAAUCAUCGUUUCAUUCCAACAUUUAAAUCAACAUGGAAUGGUCAAGUUACAAAUCUUGCCAAUAAACUUACUAGUUUUGAUGCAAGUGAAUCGGCUAAAAAUGUAAAGUCUUUUGUUGAAGAUAAGUGGAAUAAUAAAAAAUAA